AGCGCGGGUUGGGCGGGCUUCUGCCGGGGAGUUCUCGGCGAUGUCGGUCAUCUUCGCGCCGGACUGGCUGCGAGGGAAGGCCAAGGUGAACCAAGAGACAGUCCAGCGGCUCCUGGAGGAGAAUGACCAGUUGGUGCGUUGUAUCGUGGAGUAUCAGAACAAGGGCCGCGCGAACGAGUGUGUCCAGUACCAGCAUGUAUUACAUAGAAACCUCAUUUACUUAGCUACCAUCGCCGAUGCCAGCCCAAAUGGCACUCCAAAAACAAUGGAAUAAUCCUCUCUGGGUUGACUAGUAGGUGGAGUGAGUGGAAUAAAAUCCAUUUCCCAUGAAAGGCAGACUGCAUCUUCACCACAAGUCUGCUGUGGAAAACACAAAUGAAACUUCUGUGUUUUUUUUUUUUUUAACUGUGAAGAUAGCUAUUAACUUGCCCUCCUUCUCAAUGCCAUUAUUUAUUUUAACAGUUAAGUUAGACCUCUCAC